AUGGACAGACCUGGGUGGCAUAUUGAAUGUUCGGCAAUGACGCAUCAUGUGCUCGGAGAUAAACUGGAUGUGCACACGGGUGGAGUGGACCUGCGUUUUCCUCAUCACAACAAUGAGAUUGCACUGUGUGAAGCGCAUAACUAUGGACCUCAGUGUGAGCAUGAUAAAGAGUGGUGCAAACACUUUGUGCACUUUGGACACUUGUAUAUUCGCGGAAGGAAAAUGUCCAAGUCGCUGAAGAACUUCAUUUCAGUGAAGGAUUUUUUGAAUGAUGGACACACGGCGGAUCAUUUCCGCCUAAUUUGCCUGCAGUUUAAGUACCGCUCAAAUUUAAUCUACUCGGAGGAUCGAGUACGUGAUGCAGAAGUAGUAAUCACUCGUUUGAGAUGCUUUUUUCGAAAUGUUAUGGCAUAUGGCAGUAAUCGUGAUAUUUGUAGCAGCGAUACUAAAAUUAAAGGAAUCAAGUCAAAACGCUGUGAGAAACAAGACCUGGAAGUGUUAGACGCACUGUUCACGACCCAAGCACAGGUGGACGAAGGUUUAUUGGAUGAUUUAGACACGCCACGCGCCCUAUCACUUGUAUUGAACCUGAUAUCGCGUGGAAACACGUACUUGCUGGCACACCGAGGCGAUGAUCAGGCUCCUGAGGAGGUGCUAAUUGCAUUGACUAGUUACGUGCUUGAGGUGCUUGACCUUUUCGGACUGGAGGGACUUCAUGCCGAGUUUUCUGCCAUGAUGCGCCGUCGAUUCACUGUUUCAGUCAAAAAGCAGCAGCUGAAUGAAAGGGACGAAUUGGUUAGCAGGGACGAACAGGAGGCUCUACUUUACUCUUUGAUCAAAUUUCGUGCUGCUGUGCGAGAAGAAGCUUUGCGUGACCUUAAUCAGUCAGGCAACAUGCGCAUUCUUGCGUUAUGUGACACAUUGCGCAACGAGGAGCUACCUCAGUUAGGUAUUCAAGUCGAGGAUCUUGCGCCAGGAUCCUCCGUGUUUAAGCUGCUCUCGCUUGAAGAACGAGAAGCAGUUCGAAGAGUAGAAUCAGAUGAACAGGAAAUAAAAACUGAUGGCGAGGCAGCGCUAGAACUGCGGAACAAACAGCAGGAGCUUGAGAUGCUGAUGCAGAUUGCUCCCUCAGAUUUGUUCAGGAAAUCGCCGGAGUUUGCCGACCGAUUCAACAUGUUUGACACGAAUGGAUUCCCAACGCUCGAGAAUGGCGAGCCUAUUAAGAAAAGCCAACGUAAGAAGCUUGCGAAGAAAUUGGCCAAAUAUGAAAAAUCCUACAUGAAGUACUGGAAAACCCGAGACAAUGGUCAGUAA